AUGCUUGAGUACACGAACUCCACCUUCCAUCGCGUGCAGGUCACAAGAGCCUACACAUCGUCCAUGUUGCAGACUUUCAACAAGUUCUGCUUUUCACACGGGCUGGUUGAGCUCUCAGCGAAGCUCCCUGGUCGCGCGGAACAGCCUGGCAUUUGGCCGGCGUUUUGGAUCUUCGGAAAUUUGGGUCGUGCCAUCCUCAAGGAUAGCACGGACCAACUGUGGCCCUUCUCAUACGACCAGUGCCCGGAUCUGAAGCAUGCAGCUGCCAACCAGGCCCCGCAGGACGCACAGCGAAUCAAUGCUUGCUUGAGCAAGGACAUCACCGAUCUUUACGGCCUCAAUGCCAGGCAGGGGCGCGGGGCUGUGGAGAUCGAUAUCAUCGAGGCUAUGCAGCGAGACCUUUGA